CGUCGAUUAAAAAAGACAUACUUGGAUUUGACUGUGUGGAGUGAAGUGUAGAGAAGUCGCCGACUCAUACACACAGGGUUAAGAUGCAGACACCAGCGGAGUCGAUCAUCCACAGUGGCUAUUUCCACCCGACGCUCAGAUACUGGCAGACCUGUGUUGCAGAUUUAAGACCUGACAAUCUCAUCUACCCAAUCUUCAUCACAGACAGUGCAGAUGCAGUGGAGCCCAUCGGCAGCCUGCCAGGACAGGCCAGAUAUGGUGUGAAUAAGCUGGAAGGAAUGCUGCGGCCACUUGUGGAGAACGGCUUGAAAUGCGUGCUGAUUUUUGGUGUUCCGGCAAAAGUAGAAAAGGAUGACAGGGGUUCAGGUGCCGACACAGACGACACACCGGCCGUCCUGGCAGUGAAGAAAAUCAGAUCUUUGUUCCCAGAGCUGCUGGUGGCGUGCGACGUCUGCUUGUGUCCCUACACGUCACAUGGCCACUGUGGUAUCCUGAAUGACGACGGUACUCUGAACAAUGACGCCAGCUGCCUGCGCUUGGCAGAAGUGGCGCUGGCUUAUGCCCGGGCUGGCUGUCACAUCAUCGCCCCCUCUGAUAUGAUGGAUGGAAGAGUCAGAGCUAUAAAACAAGCACUGAUAUCAAAUGGUUUGGGAAACAAGGCUUCAGUGCUGAGCUACAGUGCAAAGUUUGCCUCUUGUUAUUAUGGUCCUUUCCGAGAUGCUGCACAGUCUAAACCUGCGUUUGGAGACAGACGCUGCUAUCAGCUGCCUCCUGGAGCGAGAGGACUUGCCGUUCGCGCUGUGGAACGAGAUGUGAGAGAGGGAGCUGAUAUGCUGAUGGUGAAACCAGGUCUGCCGUAUCUGGACAUCGUGAGAGAAGUCAAGGACAAGUUCCCCACUCACCCCUUGGCUGUGUACAACGUGUCAGGGGAGUUUGCCAUGAUGUGGCACGGAGCGCAGGCUGGAGCGUUUGACCUGCGGGCUGCUGUGAUGGAGGCCAUGACCGCCUUCCGCAGGGCAGGUGCUGACAUCAUCAUCACCUACUACACACCUCAGCUGCUCACCUGGCUGAAGGAGUAAAGAACAAAGACCUGAAGCCAAAGGAUGAAUGGACCUAGAAACGGACCAACAGACAACUACAAACCUGCUGGAGACUCAGUCAUGCUAACAAAUAGCACUAUAGAAAAUGAAAACAAGUAAUCUGUUCAAUUUUAGGCCUUUAUGUUACUCUCUCUGUUCAGUUUUGUGCUAACAAUUCAAAUGGCUGGCUGCAUUUUUCUCGGUGUAUGGGUUGGUUUGCUGAAGUGAUUAUGUUUGUAAAGAAAGAAAUCGAGCUUAAGCCUUAAGCUCUAUUUCCUUUUAAGCUUUUGAAGGGCUACUAAUGAUCUGAAUCUCUGAAGUCAGUUAUCUCUCUUAGCAAUUUGAUUAUGGAAUGUAUUUUUUUAAUGAAUCUGGGCCUCACACAUGUCUGAUUAUAUAUGUGACAACUGUCUCAGCCAAAGCACUGUCAUCCUGUAACAAGCUCGUAUUCUCUGGGGAAAAUAAAAUCAUUCAGCUACAA